AUGUAUAACUGCUACAAUCCAUUCGGACAAUUUAAAGGCUGCCUUGACUAUCCUAUUCUUCUAAAGAAUGUGUCCCACAAGGCUUAUGGUAGUGGCAUGGCGAAGCUAUUGGCAAGGAUAGACCCGCUCGCGGCGAGCGUGAACAACGACAACUACGUCUCUUUCACGGCGUCGAGGUACCUUGAGAAACGCUACGGGCAGUAUCCGAAAUUUCCCUCAGCAUGGGACUCCAACAAGACUGUGGAGGAGAACGUGCGCUAUGCAUUUCAGGAGCCUGGAUUUCCACCCCCUGCUAUUUGGCAACGCGCGCCGUGA